CAGCAGCUGCAACAUACCCAGCAGCAGCAGCAGCAAUCGUCGCAUGAUUUCAUUAGCGCCACCAGCGCCUCCAGUGGCACCACCCCCAACUCCAACUCGAGCAGCUCCAGCUCCAGCAUCAGCGGCUGCAGCACCAGCAGCUCCCCGCUCUACGGCAUUGGGCUGGGUGGCAUCGGCAUCGGCCUUGGCAUCGGCAUGCCGGGUAAGGCCGGAAUGAAGAUGGAAAUGCAAUAUCCGCCGCAGGCCUCCUCCACGGGCACGGCAUCGCCCAACUCUAGCAUCCAGUCGGCACCUUCGUCGGCGAGCGUGUCGCCCAGCAUCUUCCCCUCGCCGGCCCAGUCCUUUGCCAGCAUCUCGGCCAGCCCCACCGCAACGGGGGAGAGCAGGAUCGCCGUCCCAUCAUCAUCAUCAUCAUCGGCAGCAGCAGCAGCAGCUGCAGUGGCCGCCUCCACCGCAGCCACAUCCACCUCCUCCGCCGCAUCCUCCCCCUCAUCCUCGGCCGCAGCAGCGGCGGCGGCGGCAGCAGCAGCUGCAGCGGCAGCCGCGGAUCUAGGCGCCGCCUACGGCUGGAACACGGCAGCAGCCGCCUACUCCGGCCUGCCCGCAAGAAGCCAAUUCCCGUACGCACAAUACGCCUCGGAAUACUACGGGAAUGCGGUGGGCAUGUCCUCGUCGGCAGCUUGGUUCUCGCACCCGGACCGCCUGUACCAGCCGUGGUCCUCGCAGAGCUAUCCGAGCUUCAACUUCGACGACAUCGCCUUCCAGACGCAGCUGCAGCGCCGCUCGGUGCGCUGCACCUGCCCCAAUUGCACGAACGAGAUGAGCGGCCUGCCGCCCAUCGUGGGGCCGGACGAGCGUGGGCGCAAGCAGCACAUCUGCCACAUGCCCGGCUGCGAGCGGCUGUACGGCAAGGCCUCCCACCUGAAGACCCACCUGCGGUGGCACACGGGCGAGCGGCCGUUCGUCUGCCUCACCUGCGGCAAGCGCUUCUCCCGCUCCGACGAGCUGCAGCGGCACGGACGCACCCACACCAACUACCGCCCGUACGCCUGUCCCAUCUGCACGAAGAAGUUCUCGCGCAGCGACCACCUCAGCAAGCACAAGAAGACCCACUUUAAGGACAAGAAGAGCAAGAAGGCCCUGGCCGCCGAGGCCAAGGAGCAGGCGGCAGCAGCAGCCGUCUCCAGCUCCAUCAAGCAGGAGAAGGCGGAGAAGCUGCCCAAGAAGUCCAAGGCCCACUCGCCACCUGUGGAGUUCAAGCAGGAGCAGUCGGAGAGCGCACUGCUCCACAGCUAUGCGCCCUAUGCCAAUCUCUACCAGCAUUCAUCCUCCGUCUCAGCCUCGCUGGCGGGUCCGCCGCCGCCGCCCCCGCUCUUCCAGCAGCAGGCGCAGCUCCAGCAUCAGCAGCAGCAGCAGCAGCAGCUGCAGUCGCAGUCCCAGAUCGGGCUGGCCAGCAGCUACGAGCCGUGGAGCAGUGCCGCCAAUAAUCGUGCCAUACAACUACCGACUACCUCAGCGAGCGCCAGCUCCCCGUCCUCCUCCGCCUCCGCCUCGGCCUCGGCCUCGGCCAGAUCCCCAUCUGCAACGGCAACUGCAUCCGCAUCUUUGUCCGCCUCCGCCUCCGCAUCCGCAUCGGCGGCCGUGGCCGCUUUGGCCUCGCAACAGCAGCACUACGCCGCCCUGGCCAUGCAGAGCGAGUCCCAGCUGGCGGCAGAGUACGGACUGACCAUGUCCGGCCUCGCCAGCGGCGCCAGCCAGGACUCCAGCUCGAGUUGUGCCGCCGCCAAUGCAGUGUCCAGCCACGCCAGCGGCGGUGGCGGCUACUCCAGCCUCAUUGGUCACAUGAAGUCGGAGUAUGCGGCCAGCUAUCCCACGGAGUUUUCCAGCGGCUCCACCGGCUAUGGCUACCCGCAUUCGCAUCCGCAUCAUCCGCAUGCGCAUCCGCAUCAUCAUCACAAUGCCUGGGCAGCGGCCUAUCAUCCACAUGCCACUGCCUAAGGCACGAACGAAUCCACGAGCCCAGCAGUUCCAAUCCUCAUUCCCAUCCCCAUCCACGUUGUUGUUGACGGUUGAAACCGAUGCCAUGCCCACCACCCAAAUCCCCGAUACCUGAUCCCCACUAACUCUCUCUCUCUCUCUCUCUCUUUCUCUCUCCAAGUGAGUAGCGGGUAUCUGAAUGUCCACAGAUAGUCCAAACAUUCUUUGAGCAGAACAAAACCGUAGAACGAGAUCCAUCUAGUGUUUUUUUUUAUAUAUAUAUAAAUGUGUUUGUUGUUGAUAAGUCUACAGAAAAAAGUGCAGA